AUGUCACUGAUGGAGGACACUUCGGGCGGCCUCGACGGCGAUGGCGCAGGCAGUCGUCGUGAUAGACCCUGGUUGUUUCCAUCGAACCGCAAGCUUCGACACCUCCAGGGCAUCUCCUUUCGCAACGUUGUCGUCACUCCACCCUCGAACAAGGCUCGUGGGAAAGCAAUCGACGAUGAAGACAUUCCCAACUCUCUACAAUCGCCUUCAAAGAUUCUGGCCCAGAAUGAUAGUCGUGCUUUGCAUUCGUCACGGUCGUUCACCAGCUUGAAAUCCGCGGAGACUGAUGAAAGCCGGAGCCGCACCGAGAAGAGACCGGUGGUACGACCACCGCGCCGGAGAAGCACGCUGCCUUGGAGUGAUCCCAAUCCGCAGACGAGACAGAUAAAACUGGAAGAUAUCACAAAGAGCAGAAUGGCGGACACGUGGUUCUCAAUCCAUUGCGAUGGUAUCGAUUCGCCAAUCUAUAUCAGUGAGGUCGUAGAGAAUGCUACCAACCCAAGCUUCCGAUCCUUUGAUCUUAAUGCGUGUGGGCCAUUGGUUUCCCGGUUGGACCAUGUUACUCUAAAACUAUGGGCAAAAACGACGGCUAUGGAAGAGUAUGCUUUGCUGGUUGAAUUGCAGCUGCAUCUCCAGUCGUUGCAAUUCCUUGGCAAGUCGUUGGAUAACUUUCACCAGCCUCUUCCGUCAAACUCUAUUCUUUUCCAUUUCACAGAUGGUGUUUAUACCAAUCUCACGGACAUUCCGCCGGUUUGGACGCCUUUACCCAUCAGCAGUAUCUCGAGGCCUAUCUCUACAGCCGGAAACACGUUGCCAACAUCGUCGUACGAUGCGCUGAUGCGAUUGGCGAAUCUAGAUGAAUGCAUUCAAGAUGCACUGGCAACACGGGAGAAACUCGAAUCUCAAAUCAGCUCGAUUCUAGAAAAUAACCAGCAUACUUUGACGAUGACAGGCGAAGCUUCUCGGGCUCGAGAAAAGCUUGCACUCACCAAGCAGGCCGUUGCAGCUGAGAGAAAACAGCUACGUUCAACGAAUAAGCGAAAGGAGGAACUUAUCGCUAGUAUAAAAACGAGGAAGGAAGCUAUGGAGCGCGGACGUCAUACCCAAGAAAAGGCCCGCAGUCAUCUCCCCGAUGCUCAGGUGAAAUUGGCAUCGAGCGCCAAACUGUUGGACCAAAACACGGAGGAAUCUAAGGGUCAGAUCCGGCGCAUUUCUGAAGACCUCCUGACGAUCUAUCCCAUUGAACCGAUUCCCGAAAAACCGCUGGCCUUCACCAUUGCUGGUCUUGCUCUUCCGAAUUCAACUUUCGAAGAUAUUGACCGUGAAUCCGUCGCGGCAGCCCUUGGAUACACCGCGCACUUGGUCUACCUGCUCUCAUUCUAUCUAUCGAUCACCAUCCCAUACCCUAUCAGCCCGCAUCUGUCGAACACGCUGGUUCAAGACCCUGUAUCAGUCUCGCUUCCCCAGAGAAGGUUCCCACUAUAUCCGAUGAAUGUCAACUACCGCUUUGAAUACGGAGUUUUUCUUCUGAACAAAGAUAUUGAGUUUCUACUCAACAAGCAAGGUCUACGGGAGCUUGACAUCCGCCACACCCUGCCCAAUUUGAAGUAUCUUUUAUACGUUCUUACAGCGGGAACGUCGGAAAUCCCCGCCAGGAAGGCUGGCGGCGUUCGUGGUCUCCUUCCAGGGCGCUUGACAACGCGGCGUGAUAGCGCAGAUAGUGUGGUUUCGAGUCAGUCAGUUUAUUUCCGGAAGUCCCUGGAUCCAGGAUCGAAAUUAAACGGCGAUAUCACGUCAGACAAGGGGAAGAAACCUAUCCCCACCUUUUCCUACGCUUCGCCCUCGUUCCAACAAUUAGCUUAA